CUAGCUACCAUCUUUUAUUUGCGGGGGGCGAAACUUGGAACUACAAUAAUUGUAAGCAAUCUUCAAGUGUGGCGGAGAAGGCAUCGCUACGGGCGACCGCAAAUAAGUUUGUUCUAAAUUUAAAAUGGCGCUGAGAACUAAAGGUGUAUUCAUAGUUGGCGCGAAAAGAACGCCAUUUUGUAGUUAUGGCGGGCCUUUUAGAGAGAUGCCAGCUUCGCACAUUUUCGCGUCUGCGGCAAAAGCAGCAAUUAUGUCAGCAAAUAUCGAUCCUAAUGCCAUUGACAAUACUGUCGUUGGAAACGUUAAUUUUUUGAGCCAAUGCGACGGCGGAAAGACCGCAAGAUACUGUGGCCUGUAUUCAGGAGUGCCAAUACACAAGCCAGCUUUAGGAGUCAGCAAAUCUUGCGGGACUGGUCUUCAGGCCAUUAUUACGAGUGCUUUGGAUAUCUUAACAGGUUCAGCAAAAUUAUCCCUAACAGGCGGGACAGAAAACAUGUCCUCUCUCCCCCUCUUAGUCCGGAACAUCCGCUUUGGUACUUCUUUAGGAGCAUCAUAUAAACUAGAAGAGUACAUAACUGAACAGUACUUGGAUUCCAACGUAGGGUUGACACUGCAGCAGAUGGCUGAAGAGGUGGGGAAGAGCUGCGGAGUAUCGAGGGCCGAGGCGGAUGAGUUUGCUCUACAGAGCCAUUUGAAAUGGAAGGCAGGUUAUGAAAACAAAGUAUUCGACGACGAAGUAGUAAGUGUAAAAGCCAUAACGAAGAAAAAGGAAGUGUUGGUGGCGAAGGACGAACUCCCGCGGACUUUCAUCACCGUUGAGCACCUUAAUUCCCUGCCUCCUGUAACAGGACUUUCGAUUGUCACUGAAGGGAAUUCCUCGAGCCCAGCCGACGGCGCCGCAGCGCUACUCCUAGCAAACUCAGAAGCUGUGGAUCAGCAAAACCUCCAGCCGCUAGCCAGAGUAGCUGGAUGGGCGUGCGUGGGAACAGACCCGAGGGACGCAACAGGGGCAGUGCCGGCCGUUAGAAAACUGUUGGAGGUUAUGGAGAUGACUGUGGACGAUGUGGACUUGUUUGAGAUCAAUGAAACCUUCGCCACAGCUACGCUAGCCGCAGCGCGGGCACUUCAUAUAGAAGACAGAGUGAAUAAGCAUGGCGGGGCCUUGGCUGUGGGCCACGCCCCCGCAGCUACCGGCGCUCGUAUGGCAGUUCAUUUGGCGCACCUGAUUAGCCAGAAUAAAGCAAAAAGGAGUAUAGCAGCCUCUAGCUGUGGAGGGGGCCAGGGAGUUGCCAUCAUGUUAGAACACAUUUAAAUAUGUAACAGUUGUAGGCACGUAUCGGUAUACUCAGGUGUGACUCACUCCCCGAUUUCGUCGCGUUGCUACAAGGCUACAAGUACAUGCGGCCACACCAAUUUUGGUGUCUAGCCGUAGUAGUUAACGCGCACCGCUACGGAACAACCUAACGGUCAUAUCUGUCGUAAUAGACGCGUUUUAUUAGAAAGUGAACCUUCUGUACCUAGUACUAUCAAUUCUGUGGUAUAGUUGACAAAAAAUAAUUUGUCACUCAAGUUAUUCAACAGAUUGAUGAUAAUAACUUAUAAUUUCAACACUUAAAUAACAUUCACACUAGUAGCUCACCAUGCCUACAUAUGCAGAAUUCAUAAUACUCAUGAUACAAGUAAUAUCGUAGUAUACAGGGUAGAAAUAAUAAGUCGGGCCCUGGAGGGAAACUACCUUAAAUCCUUAAGCUGGCUCAUUUUACUUAAAGGAGACAUUCCUUUAUUAUUCAAAAGAAACAAAACUGCAUUAAAAUAUAUUUUUUUUUUUCUUCAAUUUGGCUUUAAAAUAAAGGAAUGUCUCCUUUAAGUAAAAUGAGCCAGCUUAAGGAUUUAAGGUAGUUUCCCUCCAGGGCCCGACUUAUCUUUCCACCCUGUAUAAUGUAAAGCAAAAGGAAUGUGUUUGUAUUGUACUUGCUACCUAAAUAAAUUUUAUAUUGAUCUAGUAUUGUAAAUAAUGAUUAUUUUGAAAACAGAAUUAUAAAUUCUAUAUUUAUUAUAGCCAUGUUUGACCACCAUUAAUUAAAUUUGCUCUAGAUUGAGGAACAAUCUUUGAAAUGAAAGAAUCAGAUGCUAUACAAAACUGUAUUAAUUAAUUACAUAAUUUAUAACUCAUUUAUAUAAUUGCAAAGUUAAAUGCAAGUUUUAAUUAAGGUUCAGAAACAUCUGGCCCCUGUUUCACCAACGUGACAGGUGCAACGAAUUGUAAAAUCACUGUUGCUGACGUCACAGGCAUCCAUGAACUACGGUUACCGCUUACCAUCGGGCGGGCCGUAUUCCUGUUUGCCACCAUCAUUGUAUUAUUAAAAAAAAACUUUAUGAUAUUGGAAAAAAACAGAUAUUUCUCUUGCUAAGUUUAUGACAAUUGUCACAAGAAACACUACAAUUGUCACGAAAUUCCGACAUAUAACUCAUUACCUGUCAAGAAUUACCUACAAUUCUUCUAAAUCUUUGACAACCCAUACAACCAUUUCCAGUCGCCGUUACGACGCGGUGUAGACACAUCUUGUGUCGACACCGUCUGUUUCGGUCACAAUUCCAGUCGCAGAGUCGUCGCCGUGUCGACACAGUUACCAGAAAUGGGGAAGGGUCGACACAUGACACAAAGUGACAUAAAGUGUGGUCGCCGUGUGCACACAUUGUUUCGGGUUUGCGACUACUUUAUGCCAAAAUCAUUCGUUCAUUCGUUCAUUUUGUUCCUGUCAAAUGGAAACUGUCAGAUGGAAAAAUACUUAAAUAAAAAUAAGUGACAUUAAUACGCCAUCCCUAAAACGGAUUACAAGACGUAAUUAUAUAUUGUUUGCAUUUAUAUUACAAUAGGACUUAAAUUAUUAUGGGGAAUUAAACUGCUCGAGUGAUUUGAUAAACUAAGUGUAAUAUAAUCAACGCGCCACCACAUUGUUUUAGUUUAGCCGGAAAUGAAAUUGUUUACUUCUCAGUGCCUGUGUUCAUAAAUAUAUUAUUUGAUGCAUUUUUAGUACUUCGAUGCGUAUACUAUACUUAAAUAACAGAAAUAACGCUUUACAUACUACGAAACUUGUUAAUUAUGAUGUAUAAAUAUGGUUUAAGGCUGAGAAAUAUUGCAGUCACAAAGUAGUCGCAAAUGUUUCGACUUUGUGUCGACUCUGUGUAGACACAUGACACGCGCUGUCAAAAGUAAUAACAAAGGUACUGGAUUUGCAAAAUGGCUCCUUGUGUUCAUUUGUUUUCAGAUAUUCUCAAAGUGUAAAAAUGCCGUGGUCAGAGAUGGGACUAAUAGAUUAACUGUUUAUUCGACUAAUUAAUGGAAUAAAAAAAGUUAAUCCUCACAUUUUAAUCGCGAUUAGUUUAGUCGACCUAACAUAGAUUGAAAUUGAAUUAAUCUGAAUAUUAAUCGAAUAAAUUAUCGAUUAAAUCUCGAUUGAAAGUUGACAGGGGGACAUUUUUGUACGUAAAUGGAAUAGGAUUUGCAUGUAAAUAUUUUCCACCUUUUCGGGGCGGGGACAAAUUUUGGAUGUAUUCCCAUUUAUUCCCGCAGAGAACAGAUGGAAUAGGAUUUGAAAGUAAAUAUUUCCCAUUUUUUCCCACCUUAUCGGGGUGGGGACAAAUGGGAACACACAAUUUUCGGAUGUAAUCCCAU